AACACGUGGGUACAGUAUACCGCAUCGUUUCAUAGUAAGCCAAGUAUUGGUAUCCGGGAGGAGGAUUUUUGCGAAAACGAACAAGAAACAACAAUUCUUUUAAGGAGCAAGCCUCGAUUCUGGUAAAAGAAGUCAUGGGGCGCCUUUUUAGUAAAGCCAAAAAGCCCGACACCCCAAACCAUCCUGAGAGUCAAGAUGGACAGUCGCUUAGUUCCCUUUUACGUGACUUUUGCGGCUAUACGUCGUUUGGGGGACUCGGUCGAGUGAUCGACUCUCCUUAUUUGGUAUUGCGCGUCACGUGGUUCUUGCUGUUUUUGGCGGGAUUCCUUUACGCUACGGUGCAGCUGACGUCACUGUACACUACUUACCAGCAAAGGCCACUCAACACUAGGGUGUCUCUACAAAACAGAGACCGUUUGGAGUUCCCAAGCGUCACAGUCUGUAACUUCAACGUGAUAAAGAAGUCAAAGAUCGACCAGCUAGGAAACAGUGAUCUAAAAGAGAGCUUCAAAAAGUUUGCAGAUGACGAUGACGAUGACGAUGACGAUGACGAUGACGAUGAACCAACGACAUCAGCCAAUUUCCAACCAACGUCGACAGCCAAUUCCAACAACACUGAACCAGUCUCGUCUGUCAACAUAACUAACAACACUAUACCAACUUUAUCUUCUCUUGUACAAAAUUCCACAAGUUCGCCAACAACAGCCACCGAGACUGCGGCAUCUGACGACACCGAUGGCUCGUUUUCUACGGAUGAGGGUCUGGAUGGUUUCAUGUCGAGACAAUUGCUGGAGGCUACUGGAGAUCACAGUGAAGUACUUGAAGAGGACAACUCAGCUUAUGAUGAUGAAUUUGACGAUCUACCGAGUAAUUUAAUGGAAGACUUCCGUAUGAGCGAGGACCUUGCAAUAAGAAUCGCGAAGGAGAGAUUUGAGAAUAUUACAAGGCUUGGCCACCAGUUCGACUCGCUCGUGCGCAAGUGCAGUUGGAGAGGGUCAGAUUGCAGAGCUAAUGCAACAACCGGGAGGUACUGGGGCAGGUUCUGGCACAACAAGUAUGGAAAUUGUUUUGUUUUCAACCCUCUGAUUGGCUGGAACGGCAAGAAGCGCAGGGCGCUCACGGCUCUGAGGGCGGGGCCAAAUUAUGGCUUGACACUUGAACUGAAUGUCGAGCAGGACGAAUACAUUGACGGCUUAAGCACCAAAGCAGGUGCGGUGAUCCAGGUGUCUCCUGUUGGCUACAUGCCGUUCCCAGAAGAGGAAGGCAUCGAUGUCUCGCCUGGCUUUUCUACAUCGAUUGCACUUACAAAGGUAAAGAUAAGUCGGGUCGACGCUUUCGGGAACAGAAGCUGUGUCAAUGAAAUAACAGAGAAAGACAGAGAAAAUUUGUACCAUGUGAAGUACAACGCUACCUACUCGAAAACAGCAUGUCUUAACUUUUGCCUGGCGUACAACCAAAGGAAGACUUGUAAUUGCAUGGAAUACCGCUUUCCGGUAGAAGAAGAGGCCGUUUGCGACACAAUGAACAAGACAACAGUGGAGUGCUUGAGAAGAGUACGCGAAAUGCUGAAGAUGAAGAAGUUGAAUUGUACAGCCGAGUGCUCAGCGCCUUGCAAUCAAGAAACUUACAAGACAACAUCUUCUUUUUCCAUGUGGCCGGCCUUGAACUACAAGGAGAAAAUCAAUAAGAACAUGAAGUGGAAAAAACCUGAAGAAGAAUUGAGUCACAACUUGCUGCAAGCGCGUAUAUUUUACAAAGAAUUCAACAUGGAAAUGAUAGAGGAAACCAUUUCUUACGAGCUUGUGAACUUCAUUGCGGAUAUCGGAGGACAAUUGGGCCUGUGGUUGGGAGUGUCCGUGUUGACUGGGGCCGAGGUCCUGGAGCUGAUUCUACUAUUUGUGGUUCAUUUGAAAAGAAAACUUCACGCACAAAUAAGAGGAGCUAAGCAGAUAGCAAACCCUUAGUAACAGGCGCGUAGCUAAGGGAGCUGGUCUCACGAUAAGGUUGCAUAGGAUAGGAACUGGUGACUUACGAGAGCCGUCUGCUUGCGCAAUGUCAUAGUUUCUGUAGUUUUUUUUUUUUUUUUUAAAGAAAAGGCAUUAUUAUCUGACGGUAAUCGCACAGUCAUACCGUCUAUAAGGACCUGGGGUGGGAUGGCUGGGGGGAUUCGUGCUCCCAAUUAUUUUGCCAGACUCCACUCCCCCUUUUCCAGUAUUUCGAUCCCUUCUUAACAACCGCCUAGAUAGUUAAGGCGGUAUGAUACCCUAAAAUUUACCAAAUUUGAAUUAAUUGUGAAAAAAUUAUUUUCAUCUCAAAGUUACCGUUAUUUAUCCUUGAAAUGUAUGCCCUAGUGUAAUUUAAAUGAAAAUAUAUUUUUUCCUAUAGUAUUCAGCUUUUAAAAAAUGUUGGCGAGCCGUUGCUAGGGGCAACCGGUCUGUUUGCAAUUUGAUUUGAUCUAGAAGUCGGAUUUCAAAGGGCCUAUUUCGAUGGGGUUUUCGAUUUUCUCUUGUUUGGGUUCCCUGUGUUUUAUCCACGUGACUGAAUAGAUCACUAACAAGAGAGUUUACAUGCAGUACCUUCCUAAAUAUCGAUCUUCACAUUUCAACAUCAAAUCAAAAUACAACCUUCCAUUUUACUCUUCAAAUAUGCCUAAAUUCGCUAACCAGAGACGCAAAAAGCGGCGUUUUUGUGGGAACCGCUUUACAGGAAGUCUCAAUUUAGAGGAAAGCGAGUAUAAGAGAGUUGAAAACAGUCCUAUGAGUCGGAAAACGAACCGAGUUGUUCGACUGACAUGGAGCCUGUUCAAGAAGGCAAUCCUGCAAAAUCUGCUCCUGCUAUGGAGCCUGAGGGUGUACAGCGAAUCUUUAAUCGUUCUGUAGAGACCCACAAUAUCCGUUACACUGAAUAUUAUGGUGAUGGCGAUUGCAAAAGCUUUAAUAGAGUUGAGAAAGUCUAUGAGGCUGACAAUAUUAUAGUUAAGAAAAAGGAGUGUAUUGGGCACGUACAGAAGAGAGUUGGUAACUCCCUUCGAAAACUGAAACGUGACACCCCAGGUCUAGGCGGCAAAGGCAAGCUAACCGAUGCACUCAUUGACAAACUACAGAAUUAUUAUGGCAUUGCCAUACGUUCAAAUGUUGGAAACUUGGAGCAGAUGUGUAAGGCAAUUCAUGCUAGUCUUAUGCAUUGUGCUUCUAAUGAAGCCAGAUUGCUGCAUGACCACUGCCCGACUGGAAGCACAAGCUGGUGUAAAUAUCAGAAAGACAAAGCAGACCACACCAAUACAUUUAAGCACAGUGCUGGUCUGCCAUUGGAGAUACUGGCCAAGGUAAAGCCAGUAUAUGUUAGGCUAAGUGAAGCCAGUCUGCUGGAGAAAUGCCUACAUGGCAAAACACAGAACCAGAAUGAGAGUUUGAAUGCAAUGAUUUGGCAGCGAAUGCCCAAGGAGGUGCAUGUCGGCAGGGAUAUUCUGGAAUUGGGCUUGUAUGAUGCUGUAUGUCAUUUUAACAUGGGGUACAGCUCUGUACUAAGACUGUUGGAAGCCCUCAAAAUCCCUGCCGGCAAAUAUACGGAAGCAGGCUGUGGCCUUGAGGAUACUUCUAGAGUUCGGCUUGCAGAGUAUAAAAGUAAGGAGGCAUC